AUGACUUCUCCUACUAAAGAUGGAAGUGAUACCACUGACAAUGCUCUCAAAAAUUCUAAAAAUGAGACUCCAAAUGACUUUACUACAGAGCCUCCAUCUGUUGACUGCAACAUGAUCUGUCAGGUAGAAACGAACUCAAUAAACAAGGAACCAGGCACACUAACCUCAGAAGAGGAUGCUGUUCCUCAAGCAGUAGAAAACAGUGAGCUUGAAACAGAGAAGAUUCAAAAAGAUUCUCAAAAACAAGAUACAAAAGAAACAGAACCUCUUCAAAUUAAGAUCCCUAUUCCUAGAAAAUUGAUCUUUUUUAUGUCAGGAUUAGGAAGAAUUCAGAAAAGGAGUAUCCUGCUAGCAAAAAGUGAUAAAAACAAUUCCUUAACUGAUAGAUCACAAUUCAACUCAGGGAAAAUGGAGAUUAAGACAAGCAAUUUCUUUCAUAGCACCAUGAGUCACAAAAUUCCUUUUCAACUUUCAAUGUCAUGGAGAAUUCCAUUAAUUAGCAAUCAUGACAUAAGAAGAAUGCUUCUCCGUCUGUUGUGUGGGAGAUAUGUUUCUCAGGCUGCAGGGCAUCAAAAUGCCACAUGGGGAAAGCAAAAAUAUAUAGCAGUUCUUUCUCACCCAAAUAUUUUCAACCAAAAUGAGAGAGUCAUAAUAUUUGGAAGACCGUUGAGGGUGUAUUACUAUCAUCCCCUCAUUGAGAGAAUGACAUCAGGAAAAUUUUACAAAUCAACUAAUACUAAAAAGAAGGAUGGAUUUCACAUUAUUGUGAGGUCUGUGUUUUGUGUUCCAUGGACCCAAAUUCAAGACAUCUUUAGUAGAAAAGCUUUUGAGAAUCAUGUGAGAUCUCAUCAUAACAUGAGAAUUGUGCUCAUAAGCACUGAAAAUGGUUGGAAAUACCUGUGUCCCAUCUGUGGGAGUAGUUUCAGCAAUUUGGUUGAAUUUAGACAGCAUUCAUGCCAUUUUCCUGAGAAUUAA